AUGUCCCCUGCCCAUCUUAUUCCAGUCUUUGGCCUUGCCCGAGAGCUCGAGCUGGUGGGCCGAUUCUGUGAGCAGACGGAGGUGAACAAGGAGAGCCAUGCCACCCUACUCAUGGGGCCACACAACACUGGCAAGUCGCUCGUGCUCAACACCGUCCUCCGCGACUUGGAGGCCAGAACGGGCAACAAGCCCGUAGUCAUUGUGCUGGAUGGAUACCUGCACGCCGACGAGGCGGCCGCUCUGGUCGUGAUCGGUGACGUGCUCGGCAUGCAGGCGGAACUCGCGCAGCAACAUCAAAGGCAAACGCAGGCCGAGCAGCAACAGCAACUCCAACAAGAACAAGAACAAGAAGACAAACAAGAAGAACAAGAACAUGAGCGACAACAAGAGUCGGCGGCGAGGGCCUCUGCGGCUGAGGAGAUCAGUGCCAUCACCGAGCUGACGUUCCACUCCACUGUGCUGGCCAUGCUCAACUGCUGGAAGCAAGUCAACCCCGGCCGGGAGCUCCGGCGUUGGAGAUGGGGGUUGCUGGUGGCCAUGAAGCUGUUUGAGGAGGACAAGAUCGAGGAAUACAACUUCGAGAUGGUCUACGACCGCUUCCAGAAGUUUGCCCGCGACGAGUUCAUGAGCGUCACCAAGCCCACCGCCUUUGCCGCGUUCGAGAGUUUGCUGGAGCAGGAGCUGAUCAAGAAGGUGGCCCGACGGGCCGAGGAGAAGGCCACGCCCAAGGGAUUUCUAAUGGUCCGACUCAUGCCCAUCCCCGCCCAGAUCGAGGAUGUCCUCCGCGACCCGGCGUGCAUGUUGCCGCAGAGCGUGGUGACGUGGGGCACCAAGUGGGUGUCCUGA